CUCCCUACCUCUCUCUGCCUCCUCCUUUCUCACCCUUCCCUCCUCCUCCUCCUCUUCCCUGUCUCAACCUCUUCUCCAUCGUCAUUUCCAUCAUAUGUCCCGGCGUGGCGUUGCGGACCGAGCGUGCACACAGAGAGGAUGGCUCAGUGCUCAGGUGCAGGCAGAGGGCUGUGGGAACCAGUCUAGCAGGCAGCUGGACCAGUCCAGUUACCAGGGCGACGCUCUGCUGGGUUAAGGGGCUGGAGCUUGAGCACCUUCUUGGAACCCUCGUUGCCUUUGAGAACGUUCUUUUUUUUUUUUUGUUCUUAACCACAGGGACCUGGGAGCGUGGAGCGUAUACAUAUUUUAUAUUUGCUAUAACCGCCACUUGUUUUGCACUUUGCGCCCUGAGAGGUGGAAGCGGCUGGUGGGAGUAACUCCUGCCUCUGCCCUGCUUCCAACCGGACCCUGAUUUUGCAUCUGCCCCGUGCGGCCGAGGGAGAUGGGGAACAAAAGACUGAAGGGAAAUCUGGAAAACCGUUUCCCCUUCACACACCUGUGAGGGCGUCCGUCUCUGACAAAAGCCCGGCCGGGGACACGGGAGGGACGGAAAGAUCAUUUGGAGCUGAGGAGGCGUAAGUCUAAGAGAGCAGACUUUUGUCUCCUGUCCCUCACGCCCCUCGGCAUUCCCACCUGUGAGGAUUAAUCAGACCGGAGCAGCAUGGCGCACGCCGCCUCGCAGCUGAAGAAAAAGGCGGAUGAGAACCUCAACGCGGUGGAGGAUGAGAAGGAGAAGAAGAAGGCGGCGAGGAAGCGUUCCAGAGAAUUGAAGAAAAAGACGGACGUGAACGCCUGUUACCUGAGAUCCGCUCGGGCCGGGAACCUGGAGAAAGCGCUGGACUACCUGAAGAAUGGAGUCGACAUCAAUAUAUGCAACCAGAAUGGUCUGAACGCUCUCCAUCUGGCCUCCAAGGAGGGCCACGUGGAGGUGGUGGCUGAGCUCAUCAAGCGCGGCGCCAACGUUGACGCCUCAACCAAGAAAGGAAACACAGCCCUCCACAUCGCGUCCCUCGCUGGGCAGACGGACGUGGUGAAGGAACUCGUGACCCACAACGCCAACGUCAAUGCACAGUCUCAGAAUGGCUUCACUCCGCUCUACAUGGCGGCGCAGGAGAACCACAUGGACGUGGUGCAGUUCCUCCUGGACCACGGCUCCAGCCAGAGCAUCGCCACAGAGGACGGUUUCACGCCGCUGGCGGUGGCGUUGCAGCAGGGCCACGACCAGGUGGUCUCACUCCUGCUGGAGAACGACACCAAGGGGAAAGUCCGCCUGCCGGCGCUGCACAUCGCCGCGCGCAAGGACGACACCAAGGCCGCCGCCUUGCUCCUGCAGAGCGACCACAACGCCGACGUGGAGUCCAAGAGCGGUUUCACUCCUCUCCAUAUCGCGGCUCACUAUGGCAAUAUCAACGUAGCAACACUCCUUCUGAACAGAGGGGCGGCUGUGGACUUCAAGGCAAGGAAUGACAUCACACCGCUGCACGUAGCGUCCAAACGCGGGAAUGGAAACAUGGUGAGACUGCUGCUGGAGAGAGGGGCCAAGAUAGAUGCACGGACAAAGGACGGUCUGACCCCUCUCCACUGCGGAGCCCGCAGCGGCCACGAGCAGGUGCUGGAGAUGCUGCUGGACCGGGGAGCUCCGAUCCUCUCCAAGACCAAGAACGGCUUGUCUCCGCUCCACAUGGCGACGCAGGGCGACCACCUCAACUGCGUCCAGCUGCUGCUGCACCACGAGGUGCCCGUGGACGACGUGACCAACGACUACCUGACGGCGCUGCACGUGGCCGCCCACUGCGGCCACUACAAGGUGGCCAAGGUCAUCGUGGACAAGAAGGCCAACCCCAACGCCAAGGCACUGGUGAGGAAAUGGUUCACUCCCCUGCACAUUGCCUGUAAGAAAAACAGAGUCAAGGUGAUGGCUCUUCUGAAGCAUGGAGCGUCGAUACAGGCAGUCACUGAGUCCGGCCUGACUCCGAUCCACGUUGCUGCGUUCAUGGGACACGACAACAUCGUGCACCAGCUGAUCAACCACGGCGCCUCACCCAACACCAGCAACGUGAGGGGGGAGACGGCGCUCCACAUGGCGGCGAGGGCCGGACAAUCGAACGUGGUGCGCUAUCUGAUCCAGAACGGAUCGCAAGUCGACGCCAAGGCCAAGGACGACCAGACUCCGCUGCACAUCUCGAGCCGCCUCGGCAAGCAGGACAUUGUCCAGCAGCUGCUCUCCAGCGGAGCGUUCGCGGACGCCACCACCAACUCCGGGUACACGCCUCUGCACCUGGCGGCCCGGGAGGGCCACCGAGACGUGGCUUCGACGCUGCUGGAUCAGGGGGCGAGUCUGGGCAUCAUCUCCAAGAAGGGCUUCACUCCUUUGCAUGUGGCUGCAAAAUACGGGAAGAUUGAGGUCGCCAACCUGCUGCUGCAGAAAAGCGCUCCGUCCGACGCUGCCGGGAAGAGUGGACUAACUCCACUGCAUGUGGCAGCACACUAUGAUAACCAGAAGGUAGCGCUGCUCCUGCUCAACCAGGGAGCUUCACCGCAUGCAGCCGCAAAGAACGGUUACACACCCCUCCACAUUGCAGCCAAGAAGAAUCAGAUGGAGAUUACCACCACCUUGCUGGAGUACGGGGCCUCCACCAACACCGUGACUCGCCAGGGCAUCACCCCUCUGCACCUCGCGGCACAGGAGGGCAACGUGGACAUCGUCACCCUGCUGCUGGCCCGAGACGCUCCAAUAAAUAUGGGCAACAAGUCCGGUCUGACUCCGCUCCACCUGGCCGCCCAGGAGGAUAAAGUCAACGUUGCUGAGGUCUUAGUCAACCAGGGAGCUACCUUAGACCCCGAGACCAAGCUGGGAUACACUCCACUCCAUGUGGCCUGUCACUAUGGCAACGUGAAGAUGGUGAAUUUCCUGCUGAAGAAUCAAGCGAAGGUCAAUGCUAAGACUAAGAACGGAUACACUCCUCUCCAUCAGGCUGCACAGCAGGGACACACACACAUCAUCAACUUGCUGCUACAUCAUGGAGCGUCGCCCAACGAACUCACGGCUAGUGGGAACAGCGCUCUGUCCAUCGCCAGGAGGCUCGGCUACAUCUCUGUAGUCGACACACUCAAAGUGGUCACAGAGGAAACUCUGAUCACUAAGACCGUCAUAGAGAAGCACAAGAUGAACGUUCCGGAGACCAUGAACGAGGUGCUGGACAUGUCCGACGACGAAGUCUAUAAAGCCAAUGUCCCUGAAAUGAUCACAGAGGACUAUAUAUCUGAUGUGGAAGAAGGUGACGAUGCGAUGACGGGGGACACGGACAAGUACCUGGCCCCCCAGGACCUGCGGGAGCUGGGGGACGACUCGCUCCCUCAGGAGGGCUACAUGGGCUUCAGCAUGGGCGGCCGGUCACAGAGCCUGCGUUCCUUCAGUUCCGAUAGGUCCUACACGCUGAACCGGAGCUCGUUCACGCGGGACAACAUGAUGAUCGAGGAGAUGCUGGCUCCCAGUAAGGAGAUGCAUUUGGCGGUGGCGAAGGACUUUGACAGCGACUCCCUGAGGAGAUACAGCUGGACUGCAGACGUACUGGAUAAUGUCAACCUGGUCUCCUCUCCGAUACACUCUGGGUUCCUGGUCAGCUUCAUGGUCGACGCCAGGGGCGGCUCCAUGAGAGGAAGCCGCCACAACGGCAUGCGCAUCAUCAUCCCGCCCAGGAAGUGCACGGCGCCCACCAGGAUCACCUGCCGACUGGUCAAGAGGCACAAGCUGGCAUCGCCUCCCCCGAUGGUGGAGGGAGAAGGCCUGGCCAGCCGGCUGGUGGAGGUCGGCCCCGCGGGGGCCCAGUUCCUCGGGCCCGUGAUAGUGGAGAUCCCACAUUUUGGCUCAAUGCGAGGCCAGGAGAGGGAGCUGAUCCUGCUGCGCAGCGAGAACGGAGAGACCUGGAAGGAGCACCUGUACGACUACAAGAGCGACAACCUCAAUCAGCUCCUGGGUGGGAUGGAUGAAGAACUAGACAGUGCUGAGGAGCUGGAGAGGAAGAGAAUCUGCCGGAUCAUCACCAAGGACUUCCCACAGUACUUUGCCGUCGUGUCUCGAAUCAGGCAGGAGACCAAUCAGAUGGGACCAGAGGGCGGGACUCUGUGCAGCCGGAGCGUCCCGUUGGUUCAAGCUUCCUUCCCCGAGGGCGCCUUAACCAAGAAGAUCAAAGUUGGACUGCAGGCCCAGCCGGUACCGGACGACAAUGUCAAGAAAAUCCUCGGUAACCGAGCAACCUUCAGCCCCAUCGUUACCGUGGAGCCCAGGCGGAGAAAGUUUCACAAGCCCAUCACCAUGACAAUCCCGAUCCCGCCUCUCUCAGGGGAGGGGCUCACCAACGGCUACAAAGGAGACUCUACUCCAUGUCUCCGCCUCCUCUGCAGCAUUACAGGUGGCACGUCGCCGGCACAGUGGGAAGACAUCACUGGCACAACUCCUCUGACCUUCGUCAACGACUGCGUCUCCUUCACCACCAACGUCUCUGCCAGGUUCUGGUUAGCCGACUGCCACCAGAUCCCGGAGACGGUGGGUCUGGCCAUGCAGCUGUACAGGGAGCUCAUCUGCGUUCCCUACAUGGCCAAGUUUGUGGUGUUUGCUAAGACGAACGACCCAGUGGAGUCCAGACUGAGGUGCUUCUGUAUGACGGAUGACAAGGUGGACAAGACCCUGGAGCAGCAGGAGAACUUCGAGGAGGUUGCCAGGAGCAAAGACAUAGAGGUUCUGGAGGGAAGGCCCAUCUAUGUGGACUGCUACGGAAACCUGGCUCCUCUGACUAAAGGUGGUCAGCAGUUAGUUCUCAACUUCUACGCCUUCAAGGAGAACCGUCUACCCUUCUGUGUCAAGGUGAGAGACCCCGGCCAGGAGCCGUGUGGCCGCCUUACGUUCCUCAAGGAGUGUAAGACCACCAAAGGCCUCCCCCAAACCGCCGUGUGCAACCUGAACAUCACACUUCCUGCCGUGAAGAAGACUGAAAAGCCAGAGCGACGUCAUACCUUUGCAUCCCUAGCCUUACGUAAGCGCUACAGCUAUCUGGCCGAGCCUGCACUGAGCCCUCAGAGUCCCUGUGAGAGAACAGACCUCCGUAUGGCGAUAGUAGCCGACCACCUCGGACUCAGCUGGACCGAGCUGGCCAGGGAGCUGGAUUUCUCUGUGGACGAGAUCAACUCUAUCAGAGUGGAAAACCCCAAUUCCCUGACAGCACAGAGCUUCAUGUUCCUAAAGAAAUGGGUGCACAGGGACGGUAAAAACGCCACAACGGAUGCUUUAACUCCGGUGCUGACAAAGAUCAAUCGGUUGGAUAUUGUGACUUUGCUGGAAGGGCCCAUAUUUGACUACGGUAACAUUUCAGGCACACGCUGCUUUGCCGAUGAUAACGCAGUAUUCCCGGAUCAGUCCGAUGGAUACAACAAUAUAGAUCUGGAGCUGCAAACCCCCACAGACCUGAACUUCCAGCCCCCCACUCCGCUUCGCUCAGACAACUUCUUUAGCGAUGGCGAAGCUAGCGCAGACUCCCCUAGCAAGAUCACGCUAACUAGACCUAGCGACCUCUCCCUCACUCAGACCACCAGCACAUCUAGCAGCGACCCACCCACAGUCGCCGCGGGCCCCGGCUCCACGGCCCCGCAGCCCCCAAUCGUUGGGGCUGAAGACACAACCUUGACCACCCGAGAAGAAAACCCGGGGCAGGUUUAUUUCGAGAGGCCGGAUAAUGACAGGAGGGCGGUGGAGCAGUCAGGGAAGGGAAGAGACGGGGAAAAACCGAAGGGGGGGCAAGGGGUCGCUUUGGAGCGUCAGAGGGAAGACGCCGCCUCGCCCACCGGUCACAGAAAUGGAAGGCAGGAAGAAGAAGAAGAGGAGGAAGAGGAGAUGACUCCGGAGAGGCUGCAGAGUCUGCUGGACGACAUAAAGCAGGAGGGAGGCUCCGAGGACGAGGAGAUGACAGAGGAAAGGAUGAAGGAGAUCCUCCAUCAACUUCAUCAAGCAGAAAAACCCCUGUGUUCAGUUCCAGGCUGGAGAUGCGAGACGUCCGGCGGCAUCGCAGAGUCGGCUGCUACCGGCACCGAGGAGGGCAGCCCAGACAGCCUGGCUGAUUUGUCGGAGCUGAACGUGGGCCGAAGCGGCAGACACAACGGAGGUCACGGUGCAGACGCGGAAGAGGAGGAGGCCAGGAGGAAGGGCUCCCAGGGGGGCGGCAGCACAGCGGGGCCAAGCGGAGGACGGCAGGAGGGAGGUGAAAGGUCACAGCACAAAGCCCAGGGGAGCGUUAGAGCCGAGGAGUCCGACUCUGAGGGGGAGACCACUGUCACCACCAGGGUGUACCGCAGACGAGUCAUCCUGAAGGGGGAGGAGGCCAAAAACAUUCCCGGAGAGUCUGUGACGGAGGAGCAGUUCACAGAUGAAGAUGGGAAUCUAGUCACCAGAAAAGUAACCACCCGCACCUUCCUCCAUCACCUGUCGCAUCUUUAUCCUGCAACACACACACACACACACACACACGAACAUACGAACAUCCUCAUCCCCCCCCCCGACAUGUUCUGCCCCCUACAGGUGAUCAGAAAGGUGGUGCGCCGUGUGUUCAACACAGAGGAAAGAGAAGGCGAAACUGUUGCUGCUGCUGCUGGUGGCGCUGGUGGUGGUGGUGAUGCUGCAGCCACUGCUGCUGGUGUAGUUGGUGGAGCGGGCGCCGCUUCUUCUUCAACAGGAGCCGGGGGGGGAAAGGGCAAGAAGAGGGGCAAGCGCUCCCGGCAGGGCAGCAAGGCUGAGAAGUCUGGAGAAAAAACUGAGCCCGGAGGCACCAAGAAACCAGGCAAGAAGAGUCAGUCAUAGCAGCGGAGCUCCGAACUACACCAGGUCCACUGACGUCCACACAAGCACCUCGGGAGGAGGACCGGAGGCCUCGUCCAUCGGGCCCCUGCAGCCCUCCCUCACUGCGCAUGGUUCUCCAGCGGGACGACGCAACAAAAAAAAACGAAUAAAAAACGAGUUACUUUUCUUUGAUUUCGCAUGAGCAUGUCACCGAAAACUCACUCACAUGUUGGAAAAAAAAAGGACACGUGAGCUGGAGCUUCAUCGUGUCUUCGGCACAAACGAGGAAGACCGUAAACUGAGGAGGAGGAAGAGGAGCAGGAGGUGCGACUCUCUGACACUCGCCUCGCUCGCUCCUCCUGGACCCGCAGCACCGUGUGGUUCUUUUUUUUUAAAUGAAAUAUAACAAUGAAUGGGGGAUUUUUUGUUGUUGUAUAGAAAAGACACUGUAUAAAAUCUUUAAACAAAAACCAGGAGGAAUCGGUAGCUGGAACGGAUUGUUUCUGCACUGACGUGAGUUGAUGAAGCUUCGUUCACAUUGAAAGGGUGUUUGAGCGGCAUCGAGGGCGCGACCCCUGAAAAAAAAAAAAAAAAACUUUGUGGGAAUGAGGAAUAAAUGGACAUAAAAAAACAACCGCUUGAUUUGGAUGGAAGGACGUUGGUUUAAAGCCGACAGCUACUCCCGCUCUUUGUCUCCAGAGGGACGACCGUCUGCUGCAUGUGACGUCACUUUACUUUAUUGCCUUUUAUUUACUCGUCUUUUAAUCAACUCAAAGCACUGUAACGCCAUUAGAGAGACGGCGCGUCGGUUCCCGUCAGCACUCGUAACGCAUCAGUUUUUAUUUUUUAACACAAAUGAAAAAAACGCACUCGUGCUCCGAAUGGCAGAACUUCAGGAAGUACCGACGUUCUCCCAGAAGGCGACCGGCACGUUGUUUAAGUGUCUAUCUGUAAACCCAUAACGCGUACUAGAAGUUUAAGCUUUAAGAUCUGCUGUGAUUUUAAAAUUUAAAAAGAAAUCUAAAAAACAUUGACGGUUUGAUGACUUAUCUUUAUCUAACAGGUUCUAAUGACACAACAGGGGACUCUUUUUAGACCCAUUAUCCAAAUACUGUUUUUAUUAACUGUUAAAUCACAGUAUUGAUCACACGUUGUUCUGUGUAAUUUUUCAGUUUGUCUUUUUUCAUACAACCCCCCCCCCCGAGCAUCCUUUGUUGACAAUGAAUCUGGUUCCAACAUGUAUGACAAACCAACAUAGCCUACACUGGAUGACCCAAGUAAUUAUUUAAAACAGAAAAAUAAACUGUUUAAACUGAAAA